AAAUCGGCUACAUUCGGGCUAAAACCAUUAAAACUUCUCUAAGCUCUCAAGGAAUAACAACACAAGUUGCUCAUCCAACAAUCCAAAAAUAUCCUCAUUCCGUCAGAAUGUUCAAAAUUUUCAUGGUUACCGCUGUCCUUGCCAGCAGUUAUUCUGCUGCCAAUCCCAUUGAUGCUUCUGCUCAGGUAAACAAUCAUGGUAGUGAAAUUAAUCCCGAUGGCAGUUACAGCUAUCAUUUUGACACCACAAAUGGAAUAUCUGCACAAGAAUCUGGAAUUGGAGGUCAUUAUGCCAGUGGCACAUCACAGUACUAUAAUCCUGAUGGAGAGCUCAUUGAGUUGACCUACACCGCCGAUGAGAAUGGAUUCCAGCCCAAAGGUGCUCAUUUGCCAACACCCCCACCAAUUCCAGAGGCCAUUCAAAGAGCUUUGGAAUACAUUCGUUCUCAUCCACCACACGAGGAUCAAAACAAAUAUGAUCAUCACCAGGGACAACAGCAUCAACAUGAACAGCAAUAUCAUCAUCAACAAGAGCAACAGCAUCAUGAACAACAGUAUCAUCAACCUCAGGAACAACAGCAUCAUGAACAACAAUAUCACCAUCAACAGGAACAACAGCAUCAUGUGCAGCAGUAUCAUCAUGAAGGACAUCAGCAACAGCAUCAUGAAGAACCUUUAUACCAUCAUCAGAGAAGAUUCUAGACAUGAUUUAGAUUGAAAAUGCGAAGACAUCAAAUGUCUAAUUAUUAUUGUUGAGUAACGAACAGUUUUGGUUUAUAAAUCCCCCUCUUUACGAUCGAGUAUUAAAAAUCAUUUAUUAAGCGAAAAAAAAAAUAAUUUUGUUUGUAAUAAUUUAAAAGGUCUACAAAGUAAAGGCUGAACCUUAUUUCAAAAUGUACAAGUAGAAUUACGGAAAAAGAACUAUGCGUGAAACAGAAACAGCGUC